CGCUGAAUGAGCCCUCAGUCGCUCGGGGCCGGGGGGGUGGGUCUCGCUUUCCCGCCCGUGCCCCUUGCCCCGGCCCCUGACAGAAUUUCCUCCCACCGCGGCUUUGAGGAGCAUCUCGGGUCGGGGGCGCACGUAGGUGACCAGGGGCACCCCGAGGCCGAGGGGCCGGUCAAGCGGGUUCCCCCCUGUCCCGAAGGGAUGCUGGAGGAGGAGAUUUUAAUAUAACGGGUUUCGUUAUGUUGGGUGUGUUGAGGGGGCUCGCUUGCCGUCCCGUGAGGAGGGCCGGUGGGGUUGUUGGGGAAUGGCGGCUUUAGUCGGGGACGAGGUAGUAAAUGCUGAAAUCACAGCUGGAAAACGCAAGCGUCUUAAACUUUGACUCCAUCUUAAUUUUUAGCAUACUGAAAACGUGGAGGUAUUUAAUUUGGCCGUCAUCUUAUGUUGAUGUACUGCAGCAAAAAUAGUUCACAGAAAUGAUGUCUCUUGAUAUAUCUGACAGUGCUCAAAUCUAUGCUGCAUUUGUGGUAUACCUGGACCUCUUAGAAGGGAGAAACUGGCAUGAAGUGAAGCACGUCGGAGUAGCAGAACUGCAACUUGUAUGUUUACAUGCACGUGAAAGAGAACAGGACAGUCUCCAAGUGAUGGUGCCGGUACCUGUGCACAUAUCAUUAAGCCACGAGAGGAUAAGAGAAAUUAUGAAGAAAGCAUCUCUCCCACAAGAUGAUCCUGACACCCCGCUGUCAGUUACCUUGGCCAUAGUUGAGUCAGAUUCCACAGUAGUGUACUAUAAAAUGACUGAUGGCUUUGUAAUACCAGAUCCUCCUGAUGAUACUGAAGAUGUGGACAAUAAACAGUGGAGAAAGAAAAGAAAGAAGCUUUUCAAAUGAUUAAGACAAACAGACUUUUCUUGAACUACUGUCCUCAAACCUAAGCAAAUCCAGGAACUUAUGUAUGUAAAUAAGUAGUGUGCUAAAGUCUGCCUUCUGCAUAUCAAGCAUCUGUUCAGGGAGAACAGAGCCUUGUGCAGCUGCAGUGUAAUGAAACGCCAUUUAAAGUAUGAAAUGGGUCACGCUUUGUGACCGAUUGCUCCUGACUAAUAAAUACACUUGUGAGAUGUUUCCAAA